UUUCAGCGGUUAGCUAUUUUUGAGAAUUGGUUUCCUUUAACCUCCUCUUUGCAAUAGUAAAAUUCCUUCCACUGGAGCAUAGCCUGCAAAGAUACGAAUUACUUUUUUGUCUAUACCACUUUUGAAAAGAAACCAGCAUUACCAUGAGUCAAGUUGUUAUGAAGGAUCUCUUUGCUAGAGACGCUCCUCUACGCGAACAACUCAACAAAGAAGCAGCAUCUUUGCCAAAGAUCGUGUUGUCGGAACGUCAAUUCUGUGAUCUUGAACUAAUUUUAAAUGGCGGCUUCAGUCCUUUGGAGGGAUUUAUGACUCAAGAGGAUUACCAAAGUGUCGUUCAUAACUUGCGCUUGAAGUCUGGUGCCGUAUUCCCCAUUCCCGUUACCUUGGAUGUUAGUGAAAAGGUAGCCGAAUCCAUCAAGACCUCAGACCGCGUCUCUCUUUUGGAUCCUAGAGACGAACAGACAAUCUUGGCCAUUCUCACCGUUGACGACAAGUACGUGCCUGACAAGGUUGUUGAGGCUGAAAAGGUUUUCGGAGCUAAUGACCGUGCCCACCCUGCUGUAGAAUACUUAUUCGGUACUGCAGGUGAUGUUUACCUUGGUGGUAAGCUUCAAGCCGUUAACCCCAUCCGCCACUUUGACUUUGUUGCCUACCGUUAUACGCCUUCAGAACUCCGUUCUGAGUUUGAGCGUAACAACUGGAAGCGUGUCGUUGCCUUCCAAACUCGUAACCCUAUGCACCGUGCCCACCGUGAACUUACAGUACGUGCUGCUAAGCAACACUCUGCCCGUGUGUUGAUUCAUCCUGUUGUGGGUAUGACCAAGCCAGGUGACAUUGAUCACUUUACCCGUGUUCGCGUUUAUGAAGCCAUUCUCCAACGUUAUCCCAAGGGAUCUGCUAAGCUUUCCCUUCUUCCCUUGGCUAUGCGUAUGGCUGGUCCUCGUGAGGCCUUAUGGCAUGCCAUCAUUCGUAAAAACUAUGGUGCUAGUCAUUUCAUUAUUGGCCGUGAUCAUGCUGGUCCUGGAAAGAACAGCCAAGGCCAAGACUUUUAUGGCCCCUAUGACGCUCAAUACUUGGUUGAGCAAUACUCCCAUGAAAUUGGAAUUAGUAUUGUUCCUUUCCAAAUGAUGACCUACUUGCCUGAGGAGGAUAUUUACAAGCCUGUUGACCAAGUUGAAGCCGGUACUCGUACUCUCAACAUUAGCGGUACCGAACUUCGUCGUCGUCUUCUUACAGGUGCUCACAUUCCUGAGUGGUUCUCUUAUCCUCAAGUCGUAUCGAUUUUGCGUCAAUCUUAUCCCCCAAAGUUUGCCCAAGGUUUCGUUUUGGCCGUCCCUGCUACCGCAGAUAAGCUCGUCCCUAGUGCUUUGGUUUCUGCACUCAAUGAAGAUGGUCGUCGCCACGUAAGCUCUAUUCCCCGUUUAGACGCUACUACUUUUUCUUUUGCCCAAGAACUUCAACGUGCCGGUGCCGCUGUAGUUGUUUCUUUGGCCGAGGCUGACAAGUCCAUCCAAAUUCCAGCCAACUGGGUUCAAGUCAACGUUGGCCACGAUGAAAGUGUCUCUGAAGUCACUUUUACCGUUCUUUCCAAGUUGUCCGAUGAGGGCUAUUUGUAAGGAGUAAUUUCGUAAGAUUGAAGGUUACAACAUUCCUUCUUCCUUGAGUUUAACAUGAAAGAAUUCACUCAUGAAACAUAUAAAAGACCACGUUAAUAUCUCACUUUCUUUAUACCAAUCUUUUGAUUAUUGAUUCCCUUGUUUAUUCAUGUUCGAUUUUGGUAUACAAAAUCAAAUUCCCUUCUCUCAUAGGUUGUUAGGAAAAUAAACUGUUCGAAUUGUAAGUUUGAAUAAUUUUCUUCACUUUUGCAAAUAACAUCAUAACAGUAAAUUUAUAAUAAAACGGGCUAGCCGACUAUUGAAGUUCGAGU